ACAAUGUCUAUAUGCAAUGCGUCGGUUUAAAGAGAAUUCAAGCGUUAAAAUUCUUUAAUGAAACAUUUCUUGGCGUUUGAUCGAUGCUCAAAACUCUUUCUUUAAAUGUUUCGGGGCUACAGUAAUUCGUAGCCAGCUUUAAAUGGAUAUCCAGUUGUUUUUAUCUCAAUUUUGAUCGUUCGAAAGAGCCAAUUAUAGUGAGUAUAAAUUUUGAACAGUUAUUUUGUUUGUAAUUUCUACAAUAUCUGGGCGUUGAUUCUGUGAUCUACAGCAAACAAUUCAUAUUUUCACGCACAUUUCACAUUUAAUAAUACUGCACGCAUUUAUAUUAAUAGACCAGCAACGACAGAAUCUUAUUCUUAUUAAACAUGAGUACUACAGCGCAGUUUUGUAUCAAUCUUUUACUCGUACAUUUUUAAGCAAAUGGCAACUAAAGAGGAACCAAAUUCCGGGAAAUUUAUCAAGAUUUGUCUCAAGUUAUCACGGGAAACGCCACCAAAUAAACUGAAACAGCUGAAGUUCUUGCUUCAAGAUGUCACCUCAGAAAUAAAUGAUAUUCAUGACCAGAAAUUAUUUUUGGAUUUGAUUAGUAAGUUGGAAGCUCAGGGAAUCCUAAACAGGAAAGCACAAGGACGAAAUGAAGCCUUACUACUAUGCGAGUUGUUUGAUGCAGUUUCAUUGCAUAGCCUAGCUGAUGAGAUAUGUUCAGAGUUUGCGAUUGAGAGAGGUAUUAUACAUGAACAUCAUAUAUUUGUGCAUUUUCCCACAGUUUACUUUGGCAGCAUGGGUAACUUUUAAAAGGGUAUUUAGAGGCAUG